CUCCCCAAGCGCCGGCCUCGCCGCGCCGGACCCUGGUACCCGCGCUGCCAAGCCGGUCCCCAACCCACGGUCCCUGCCCUUCCUGCGGGCGCCUGGGGCACCCCUGGGGCCCGUUUGUCCUGAAACAGACUCGGGCUGGUGUUUCUGCGGAGCUCUGCGCGCAUCUGAAAUUGUGACUGUGGUGAAACGACAGUCACCUGCCCUGGGGGGCGUAUGGGCAGGGCUGGGGGCGACAGACUGGCCACCGGCAUUGCGGAGCAGGGCCGCAGGGGCUGGGGCGAGGACAGCGGGGCGCGAUGGGAUCGAAAGCGAUGGGAUCGAAAGCCCCGCGCCCGAGGGCGGCCCCUAAAACUUGCCAAGGGAAGCGGAGUCUGGGCCCGGCGCGCCCCAGGACCAGUGGGGAAGAUUGGGGCACGCGACGCUGGGGACUCCGCGUGCGCGGAUCUCCGUGGGUGGAUCCACCGAGAAGAAUCGAUGGAGGUUCAAGGUGGUAGGGAAAGUGGGCAAGGAGACCGACGGAGAGCAGCCGGAGACGCAGGGGGGACUCCAUCCAAAGGGGUGCGGGAAGCCAGGAAGGAAAGGAUUCCGGAAGGAAGGGCCUAGAGCAGUCAGUAAUCUUGGGGAAAUGGUUCCCAGGAGACUCAGGCACCUGUGUAGACAGUCUUUUCUAGAAGGUCUGUCGAGAGGGGAGAAAAAAAUAGUUGUGAGAGGAGGAUUUGGAAUCAGGGUUAACAAUUUUAAAGCACAUGUGAUUAGAGCAAGACUCUGGGCUCAGGCAUGCCCUGGAAGCUACUGAACUGAGGACCUUGUGCUUCCUAACCUCCAUUAACCUGCGCUUAUUAAUCCGAGUCACUGAUUAACCUCUCCCAUCUCAGUUCGCUCAUCUGUAAGAUGAGGAUAAUGGUGAUAAUAUGUGCCUGAAGGGGGGUGUGUGAAAAUUAAAUGAGAUGGUGUAUGUAAAAUACUUAACAGUGCUAAAAAGUAAUGCCUUUAUUUUUUUUUUAACUUAUUAGAGCAGCUCGGGCAUAUUUUGAUGCUGUUGGGAUGGUGCAGCUAGAGGGAGUGGAUGACAACUGGCCUGUCAGACGGGACAGAAAGGGAUGGAAGCUGCAUGGAGAGAGAAGGCUUGGGUUCCUCUUCUAUCCCAAACCAAGGGAAGGAGGGGCAGGUGGGAAUGGAGGAAGUUUGCAUGUUGGGGCAUGCAGUUAAGUGUCUGAUAGUUUGAACUAGAGUGGUGGGCUGAGAGUGCUGGGCAGGCUCAGGGAAGGGUGGAAGUCCUGAUCUACACUGCGGCCAUAGGACACAGUGACCUCUUUGCCAACAGCCCCUGGAAGCCCAGGAAAGGUGGGCCGUUGGGUUUAUCGAGGGCAGGAUGACAACAUCCAACCUGCCUUGCCCACUUGGGAGGCUCAGAUUAAGUUGACAGAUGUAAAAAUACUCUGUGUAAUUUACCAUUUUCCUCUUCUUCCCCGAUUUUGAGGAGUCAAGGGGCUAUGGCCAUAAUAUGAGUAAAAUGUCAAAGCCUUCUGAGCACAUCACUUGGACCAUGAACUGUGUUCUACUCUCACCACCAGCUCAUUCACUCAUCAUGAACAGUUGGGUGAAGCAGUAUCACUAUCCCCAUUUUUAUAGAUGCAGAAACUAAGGUUCGGGGAAGUAAAGCCCUUGUGUAAGGACUCUUAGCUAGUAAGUGGUAGAUCCAGGAUCCCAACUCAGGUCUGUCUGACCUCAAAGCCCCCGACUGGAAAUCACUUUGAAUAAGUGCAGAACCCCAGUGGCAACUCAGUGGAAUAGACAGAUGUGCAAGGGUCAUCUUUUCCAUUGAUCAGCGAGGGGAGCUCGGCUUGGAGGCUCUACCCAGUUGCCUUGCUUAUGACUCUUCUGUGGCUGAAGAACUCAGACCCUGGAGACCCACAGCCCUGAUGGGGUAACCAAGACCUACAGUGAGAAAGUGACUUUUCCCUGAAGUCACCCAGGUAAAAGUGACAGGGCAGAGCUAAAGGACCUUGAACCUGAAUUUGGGACCAGCCUACAGGACCCUGGGGAUUUCCACCAGAAGCCUUUGGUCACCAUGCAGGGGAUUUUUCUCACCACGAAGGGUAAUUCCUGCUCCAUCCCUGCUGUGACUCAGCUGUGACGUUGAACUACUCACAGCCAGAGAGGAAAAGAUCAAAUCACCAGAGACUCUGCUCACCAGAGAGGGUGGCCCAGGCCAGAACCCUCCUCUCCUCUCCCCACGGACUCCACAGGGCUGCCUUCUGGCCUGGAGCAGCUUGCACGCCCCCUGAGAUGGCCUCCAACUCGGCCAGCAGCCCCCACCAGGCCCCUGAUGAGAAUGAGUUUCCCUUCGGGUGCCCUCGGACUGUCCGCCAGGACCCACCAGAACCCAGGGCCCUCUGCUGCACAGCCUGUCUCUCUGAGAACCUGAGGAACAGCCCAGAUGGGAUCUGUCCCAAAUGCAGAGGGGACAGCCUCCAAUCUGAAAGCCCCAGGAGCCUUCUGACCCAGGAGAAGGUUCACCCUGAGGUGGCUAAGGCUGGAGUCGGGUGUCCCUUUGGUGCUAUUGGCUGCUCCUUCAAGGGGAGCCCGCAGGCCGUGCAGGAGCACGAGGCCUCCUCCUCUGCCAGCCACCUGAGCCUGCUGCUGGGCUUCGUGAAGCACUGCAAGGCCCAGCUGGGCCCUGGCCUGGGCUCUGGGCCCAUGGCCCUGGAGCAGAACCUGUCAGACCUGCAGCUGCAGGCGGCCGUGGAGGUGGCGGGGGACCUAGAGGUGGACUGCUACCGCGCCCCCUGCUCCGAGAGCCAGGAGGAGCUGGCCCUGCAGCAUUUCCUGAAGGAGAAGCUGCUGGCCGAGCUGGAGGAGAAGCUGCGUGUGUUCGAGAACAUCGUUGCCGUCCUCAACAAGGAGGUGGAGGCCUCCCACCUGGCCCUGGCCGCCUCCCUCCACCAGAGCCAGCUGGACCGUGAGCACAUCCUGAGCCUGGAGCAGAGGGUGGUGGAGCUGCAGCAGACCUUGGCCCAGAAAGACCAGGCUCUGGGCAAGCUGGAGCAGAGCCUGCGCCUCAUGGAGGAGGCCUCCUACGACGGCACCUUCCUGUGGAAGAUCACCAACGUCGCCAGGCGGUGCCAUGAGUCCGCAUGUGGCAGGACCAUCAGCCUCUUCUCCCCAGCCUUCUACACUGCCAAGUAUGGCUACAAGCUGUGCCUGCGGCUGUACCUGAAUGGGGACGGCACGGGGAAGAGGACUCACCUGUCACUCUUCAUCGUGAUCAUGAGGGGGGAGUACGAUGCUCUGCUGUCCUGGCCUUUUCGGAACAAGGUCACCUUCAUGCUGCUGGACCAGAACAACCGUGAACAUGCCAUUGACGCCUUCCGGCCCGACCUGAGCUCAGCGUCCUUCCAGCGGCCUCAGAGUGAAACCAACGUGGCCAGCGGCUGCCCGCUCUUCUUCCCCCUCAACAGGCUGCAUUCACCCAAGCACGCCUACGUGAAGGACGACACCAUGUUCCUUAAGUGCAUCGUGGAGACCAGUGCUUAGGGCAGGCGGGGCCCCUGAGGGAGGACCAGCUGAGACUGGGGGCCUGGCACCCACCACCCCGGGACACAGGAUGAUCCAAGACUGACAUGAUCUGUGCAGGACCGGCAGGUUCACCGUGGCCGCUGUCAGGAUGGCGUGACCUUGGGCUGGGCCGUACAGGCAGAGGACUAAAGGAGGUGGGCGGGGUGCUCCCAUCCGUGCAGCCCGUGCAACACUGGUAGGCCCAGGAGCGGCUCCACCCUGAAUGUUGAUGUACCCCGAGGGGCGCCCAGUGAGCCUGAGAAGAGAAGUUUGCAGGAUAGGAGAGUCUCUGCAGGGCCCCAGUGGAGAACUGGCCACACGCUGUCUCCCUGCUCAGGGCCAGAACAAGGACCAGGGGAAGGGGCAGGAGCCAAAGUGGGUUCAGUCUAUCCAGACCUGGACUGAGGCCCUCGUCACCAGAGGACCACGUGAGGGAAAGGGCAUCAGCCUGGAGGCUGCAUUUGUGGACCUUUAAUGUUUCUUAGAACCAAGGAAGCCCCAUUCCACACCUGCUGGCCCAGGGCAGCCUAGUGCCGCAGAGACUCCUGGGAACAUUCAGGAGCCUCCCGCCCUUGGGUCCCUCCGUCACCUUCAGUGCCACCAGGCGGGCUGAGCUGGCCCACACCUCCCCUGGGGCCUGGAAGCUUGGUUUCCCCUGUGAGCAGACACAGCCCCUGUGUCUGGUGUCUCCACCAGCCAGAGCCCCCCUUCCCUUCAUAAGACCAGGUCACUGCAGGCUCCGGGGAGCAGCCGUUGAACGUGGAGAAGAGAAGGGGUCAGAGACCGCUUUCCACUUCCCCUGCCUGGAGGCUGCUGGGCACCGGGCAGAGGUUGACCUUUUAAAUAUGUAUAACAACCAAAGAAAGAAAUGUUUUUUCAAAUCUC